AACAAUCGUAAAUAAUCACUCACUCGAUUCUUAGAUACCGAUUUCAACUACUUGCAGUUACUCGGAUCAUCGGCGACUUGAGAUAAACGUCGAGAUUAUUAAACAAUAAUAAAAAUCAUUUCUUUAUAAAUGACUCAACAGACUGGAGGCUAUUUUUUUCAUUCGAUUGCAUUAUUGAAUUAAUUCUGGAUAAGCUAAAUUGAAUAAUUAAAAAUGCAACUUUGGCUGAAAUUGGCGAUUGCGGGGGGAUCUCUGUUUACGUUCGGUAUUCUUUUUGGAUUCGCUAUAUUCCCACCGUUUUUGAGGAGUCAACUGAAGAAGCAAGUUACAUUGAAACCAGGGGGCGACAUACGGGACAUGUGGGAGGUAGUGCCUUUUCCUCUUGACUUCAGAGUUUUUCUCUUCAAUAUCACCAAUCCUGACGAGAUUAAGGCGGGGGCCAAACCGAUAGUCAAUGAAGUCGGCCCAUUCUUCUACGAUGAGUACAAGGAGAAGGUCGAACUGGUCGACAAUGACGAGGAGGACACAUGCGAAUACAGCAAUAAAGCGACGUGGAUGUUUGCCCCUGAAAAGAGUGGAGUUGGCCUCUCCGAGGAUACUGUCCUGACAUUUCCCCACGUUAUGAUCCUCACCUUGAUAUUGACGGUCGUAAGAGAAAAACCGGGGAUGAUGGGACUUGCCGCGAAGGCCGUUGACAGUAUUUUCAAGAAACCAGAUUCAGUAUUUGUUAAAGCCACAGUUAGAGAAAUUCUCUGGACGGGCUUACCAGUCGAUUGUACAGUUCAAGACUUCCAGGGAAAAGCAGUUUGCUCGUUGCUCGCUGAAAAUGAAGCGGCAUUUAUAGUAGAAGGACCUGGAAAGUACAGAUUCGCUCUCUUGGGUGCUAAAAAUGGGACAGUGGUACCAGAUAGAUUCAAAGUCAGGCGAGGAAUAAAAAAUUACCGGCAAACGGGGGAGAUGGUAUCAUACAAAGGGGAAGAAAGACAGACAGUUUGGGCGGAUGAUGGGCCUUGCAAUGCACUUCCGGGAACAGAUUCUACUAUUUUUCAUCCACUUCUUUUUCAAGAUGAAGAUAUCGUCUCGUUUUCACCUGAUAUGUGUCUCAGUCUACCGGCGUACUACGUGAAACCUUCCAAAGUUAAAGGUCUUAAGACAAAUCACUACAACGCGGAUUUUGGCGAUAUGAAUACAGACGAAAAUCUGAAGUGUUUAUGUGCCACCCCCGAGAAAUGUCUGAAGAAGGGGUUAAUUGAUCUUUUCACUUGUCUCGGUGCACCUAUGGUGGCAAGCCUCCCACAUCUCUACCGGGUCGAUCCAUUUUACUUGACUCAAGUCGAUGGGCUUCAUCCAGAUAAGGAGGAGCAUCAAAUCUUCAUCAAUUUUGAACCAAUGACAGCAACCCCAGUAGAGGCAAGGAAACGACUACAAUUUAACAUGUUUAUUUUUCCAAUCGAGAAGUUCAAAUUAAUGAAAACGUUCCCAGAGGCUCUUCUUCCAUUAUUCUGGGUGGAGGAAGGUCUUCUCCUGGGGGACGAAUUCGUUAAGCAGCUGAAGAUGGUCUUCACAAUGAUCAAAGUCGUUAGCGUCAUGAAGUAUAUGAUGAUGUUCGGGGGUAUUGGAUUAGCAGGAUUCUCUGGUUUUCUAAAGUACAGAGAUAUGCAGACUCCCCAGAAUCUCAGUAUCACGAAGAUAUCUCCUAAAACUACAGCGAAUGCAGCCUUGCCAGACAGCGCCGAGAAAAAGUGGCCGCUAAAUGUCUCCACAUUGCAAGCGCAAAGUGUUCCAGCUUUAGACGGUUAAUCAUUAAGGAGCAGUGAAAAAUUCGAUGAAGUGGUCAAAAGUCAUUAAUUAGUUCAUUCGAAUUUACUGCACAGUGCGCAGUUUUGAACUGAAAAUGCAAGUUUUUGUUUUCUUAAAAUUUUACAAAGACUCCAAUUGAGUCAUUCAAAUAACUUCGGAUUUUUUUGAAAAGCCAGAAUAUUUAGGAAAUUUCUAAUUAAUCAAAUAUCAGGAAAAAAUCGUUUGCAUUUGGUCACUUCACUCGUAAAUACUCGUGAAAAGUAUUGUUAUAUUAAUAAGCAUAAUUUUGUGUACAUUUUUAAUUGAUGGGAAUAGUGUCAGAGAGUUCCAGUUUUCAAGCACAUCGACACAUUAAUAAUUAAUUACUAAUGAUUUGAUAAUCAAUUAUUAUUAGAUCUUGCAAUUAGUUGUAUGAUUAGUUGUUUUCUGUCGGAACGAUAUAUCUGUAUAUAUUAUUUAUAUAUUUUUAUGGAUUCCCGCCUCAGCACCUGUUUACAAUUCUGAUUUUACUCAAUUUUAAAAUUCCACAAUCACUCAUUCCCAAUUUAUUAUCAUUGAAAUAAUUUACCUUAUGAAUUCUACUCAGAUGUAUUAAGUAUGGGCUGUUAUCAAACAAGUAAUGUAAAUGAAUGAACGAGUCGUUUGUAAUAAAUAUAUACAAAUAUAUAUAUCA